AUGGUCGACAAUAUUACCAUCGUGAGCCUGGCGCUAGAACUAGCGGAGCUUGGUACAUUAGUCCUCAAGGCGGCCAAGAGACACUCUGAAGCCUUCGGUGCUGCAAGUCAAACUGGGCAUCAUCCUCUUCAACCUCCGGGUAUCAUCGACUAUGUCCAAUUCGUCGGGACCACAACCUCUCGAAUCGAAGCUUCGACGGAAGUUCUGAAGCUUGCGGCCAUUCAGCUGCAUAUUGAUCUGCUUGGUCAAUGGUCUUCCUUUGAGGGGAUGGAGACCGCUUCCAAGGCUCUCAAGAGCUGCAAGCGAGCUUUCAAUGCUAUGCGGGCGCACUUCUCCCUAGUGCCCGAUCAAAUUGUCGGUUGCACGGACUGGAUGAUAGCGCAGCGAUGUUGUGAUGCAAGAGAGAAACUUGCGUCUCUCAGCAAAGAAAUGGAGCGUGCGAGGAUAUCUCUCAUCCUGAUGCUCGCCGUUUUGAAGCUAAAGCAAGAUGCAUCAUCGAGUGCUAAUGCCUCAGUCGAGCUCCAGCGUAUGCAGGUCCAGCAACUUGCAACGCAGAUGAAGGAGAUCGGCCUAGUAGACGGCCAGGACGCUGAUGAGACUGACUCUGAUGCCGAGUCAGUCAUAAGCGAAGAUGAAUUGGCAUCCGGAGCUCAAGGUGCGAAGAACUUCACUCAGCACACGCCAGGAACGACCCCCAUCGCUCCUCGGGAUGGCUCAGUGGGUGCGCCUAGAUUCAGAGGUGGCCGAUGCGGUCGAGGCUACAAGGAAUACCAGUUCGAAAACGGGAAGGCUCACGCUGCAGAAUCCGUCAUGUCUUCAGCACCCUCAUCGGUAUCCUCAAGCGACUCGCAGAGCUCAUUCCUGCAUUUUCCACCACGAUCGAGGCACGCCGUGGACCCAUGCGAGGUCGAUACUCUGCUGCUCCAGGCCUCCCAUAGUGCAAGCAGUCUUGCUACCGAGCUGGCUACGGAGAGUCACACCUGGCACACGUCCCGCCGCUACAAUUCGAAUGCCAUUAGAGGCUCUCUUGAAAUUGUAAAGAGCCGAGUCGAAGGUUUGCUGGGCACUUUUGAGCAAUGCAAGGGCACAAUGUACUGCACUCCCGUGACACUUCUCAGCACAGUCGUGACAGACAUCGUCGACUGUGCUCCAUCCAACAUGAGACGUCCUUCAUCUCCCAUCCAAAUUCGGGACGAAUCGGCAAGGAAGAAGGCGCUCAAGAAGUCCAGACACUUGGGAACGCCAUUCGACGAUCUCUCAAACAUGUCAAUGCCACCACCACCACCGCCACCUUUUCACCCUAUGAUGAUGCCACCCCCGCCACCUCUGCCCAUGAUGAUGCCGCCCCCACCGCCCCCACUCCCAAAAGCAACGGAUCCCUUCGGUGACCCUUUUGCGGGCUAUCACUGGAACCCCUUUAAAGAGCCACCACCACUACCAGCAUCUCCCAAGAGCAGACCAUGGAAGAAAACUACCGCACCAAAUGUUCUGCCGCCGCCGCCGCCGCUGCCACGACCCGACGAAUCAUCACCACCUUCUCACAAUCUCAGUGAGCACUUUGCAGACGCUUUCAAAGAGCUAAUGCCCCCGAGCAUUGAGAAUGAGACGUUGCCUCCAGUCAUCACACGUGGCAAUCCGUUUGAUGUUUUCGCUCAUGGUUUCCCAGGCGAAUUGUCUCUAUCGUCGCCGUUGGAGACGAAGAAAGAGACGAAGAAAGAGAUGAAGAAAGAGGAGGAGAAAAAGGACAAGAAGCCCAAAAGAGCGAAUGUGAAAUCUGUCAAAGAUGACGAAGAUGAGAAUCAUGGAGAAAGUAAUAGUGCAGAGGAAAUUUCCCGAAGAUAUCAUUGUGUGAAGAAGGAAGAUGUCGUUGCUGAACUGCUGGAGGAGUGGACGAGAGGGAAUGAUGGAGAUAGUAGUAGUAGUGGGGAUGAUGUUUGA